AUGUUUCAUAAUAGAGGUUUAAAUUAUUUGUUGGUUAUAUUGAUUAGUUUGGGAUUGUGCUUAGCUGCACCAUCCCCAACAGAUCCAUAUGGAGAAACAGUUUGGCAUACAGGCGAAAAAGUAAAGAUUUUGUGGGAAGAAGCAGGGGAACCAAAGACUAGUAAAAUGUCAGGAAUCCUCAUUCAAUUGAUGACAGGACCCGAUCUUAAUCAAAUUCCGUUGGCCGUUGUAGCAACCUUGCCAACCACAGCCAAAGAAUUUGAAUGGACAGUGCCAUCAUUAAAACAAUAUGGAUAUCCAUCAGGAAAAAUUUAUUUCUUUAUGUUCUCUGAUCCAAAAACUCCUGCAAAUGGUCUCACUUGGACAACCAGAUUUACGAUCAUUGAAGGCACCGAAACGCCUGUACAAUAUGAUCCAAAAACCACUUUCACCUUCACAAAAUCACCAACUGCACCAACACCUGAACCGGCUGCUACUACAGCACCAGUUACUACAACACCGGCAGCUCCUGCAUAUCCAAGCCAAGAAACACCAGCCACAGUAGCCACAGUAACAGAAACACCACCAGUUUAA